ACUGUAAGAGGAGAAGAGGAGAGAAAAAGAGGGUCGCUCCACUUCCACCCUCCUCACUCUUUCUCUUUCUCUUUCUCUUUCUCUUUUGCCUUUGAAUUCCACCGCCGCGGCUUUACAGUCACUUGGAUUCUUUUAUGCAAUGCUCCACCAUUUAUAUAUGCAUUUUUUAUCUUUUUGCCAGGAAUCCAACCCAAGCAGAAACAAAGCUGCUAAAUAAAGCAGGGAAGGGCGGCCUUCAAAUACGUUGAAUGCGAUUGUGACUGUAAUGCAGUUGAACGAACAGACCCACGAAUUGGCGUCGAUUUUUAUAAGACGCUAUCAAACAGAGGAUUAUUCUUUCGCCCGAUCAUCGACGCUCGUGGCCAUUCUUUUUUCUUUUUUUUUUACUAAUUUGUUUGUAAAUUUCUACGAGAAGAGCAGAUUUUUGGAUCCAUUUGGGCGCUGACUCUGCUCUUGUAAAAUGGCAAGUCGAGUGAACAUUGUGGUGGGAUCCCAUGUAUGGGUAGAAGAUCCUGAAGUAGCCUGGAUUGAUGGAGAAGUUAUCGAAAUCAAUGGGGCUGAAGCUAAAAUUCAAACAACAAAUGGGAAGACGGUGGUGGCUAACUUGUCAAAUAUUUAUCCAAAAGAUACAGAAGCACCAGCUGCAGGAGUUGAUGAUAUGACAAAACUUGCCUACUUGCAUGAACCAGGGGUUCUACACAAUUUGUAUGCUAGAUUUAGUCUUAAUGAAAUUUAUACAUACACUGGGAAUAUAUGUAUUGCUGUCAAUCCUUUCAGAAGAUUGCCACACUUGUACGAUAUCCAUAUGAUGGAGCAAUAUAAAGGGGCAGCUUUUGGAGAGCUAAGCCCUCAUCUUUUUGCUGUGGCGGAUGAUUGCUACAGGGCCAUGAUCAAUGAGGGAUUAAGUCAGUCAAUCCUAGUCAGUGGAGAAAGUGGAGCAGGAAAAACAGAAACAACAAAAAUGCUUAUGCGUUACCUUGCCUUUAUGGGUGGUAGAUCUGGAACUGAGGGAAGGACAGUGGAGCAACAAGUUCUGGAAUCAAAUCCUGUUCUAGAAGCUUUUGGUAACUCUAAAACUGUCAAAAACAACAAUUCCAGUCGUUUUGGUAAAUUUGUUGAACUCCAAUUCGACAAGAAUGGUAAGAUAUCAGGAGCAGCUGUGAGGACCUAUCUACUGGAAAGGUCUCGUGUUUGUCAGAUAUCUGAUCCGGAAAGGAAUUAUCAUUGUUUCUACAUGCUUUGUGCUGCACCGCCAGAGGAAGUUGCAAGAUACAAGUUAGGAGAUCCUAGAACAUUUCACUAUCUCAAUCAGAGCAAUUGUUUUGAAGUGAGUACUAUAAAUGAUGCUAGAGAGUAUCUAGAGACUAGAAAUGCAAUGGAUGUGGUGGGAAUCAGUCCAGAAGAACAGGAGGCAAUAUUUCGGGUUGUUGCAGCUAUUCUUCAUCUUGGAAAUGUUGAGUUUAUCAAAGGGAAGGAAGCAGACUCUUCUCAGCCAAAAGAUGAGAAAUCACGUUUCCAUAUUCAAACAGCAGCUGAACUUCUCAUGUGUGAUGCACAAGGCCUUCUGGACUCUCUUUGCAAACGAGUUAUUGUAACACGUGAUGGAAAUAUAAUCAAAACACUUGAUCCAUCUGCUGCAACUUUAAACCGAGAUGCCCUAGCAAAAACAAUAUAUUCCCGGUUAUUUGAUUGGCUGGUAGAUAAAAUCAAUGUUUCAAUUGGGCAGGAUCCGAAUUCAGCAUAUUUGAUUGGAGUUCUUGAUAUUUAUGGAUUUGAAUGUUUCAAGGUCAACAGUUUUGAGCAAAUGUGUAUCAAUCUAACAAAUGAGAAGCUGCAAAACCAUUUCAAUCAGCAUGUGUUUAAGAUGGAGCAGGAAGAAUACAUCAGGGAAGAAAUCAACUGGAGUAGCGUAGAAUUUGUGGAUAAUCAAGAUGUGUUGGAUCUUAUUGAGAAGAAACCUUCAGGGAUCAUUGCACUUCUGGAUGAAGCAUGUAUGUUUCCAAAGUCAACACAUGAAACAUUUGCUCAAAAGAUGUAUCAAACAUACAAAAAUCACAAACGUUUUUCCAAGCCAAAACUUGCUCGUACUGAGUUCACUAUUAAUCACUAUGCUGGUGAUGUCACUUACCAGGCAGAUCUUUUCCUUGAAAAGAACAAGGACUUUGUUGUUGCGGAGCAUCAAGCUCUGUUGAAUGCUUCCAAAUGUUCCUUUGUUGCAGGUCUCUUUCCUCCUUUGCCCGAGGAGUCUUCAAAAUCGUCCAAGUUCUCUUCCAUUGGAACACGUUUUAAGCAACAACUGCAAUCUCUAAUGGAAACCUUGAACUCAACGGAGCCCCACUACAUCAGAUGUUUAAAACCAAAUAGUGUCCUCAAGCCAGGCAUUUUUGAGAACUUCAAUGUCCUGCAACAGCUGCGUUGUGGUGGUGUUCUGGAGACAAUUAGAAUAAGUUGUGCUGGAUAUCCUACUAAACGGACCUUUGAUGAAUUCCUUGAUCGUUUUGGCAUGCUUGCUCCAGAAGUUUUGGAGGGCUAUGAUGAGAAAACGGCAUGUGACAAUAUUUGUGAAAAAAUGGGUCUAAAAGGUUAUCAGAUAGGGAAAACGAAAGUUUUCCUCAGAGCUGGACAGAUGGCUGAGUUAGAUGCACGAAGAAUUGAGGUACUGGGGCAGGCUGCAAAACUCAUCCAACGCCAAGUUCGAACACAUCUUGCUCAAAAAGAAUUUAUUGCCUUGCGCAAGGCUGCAAUCCAUUUGCAAGCUUUAUGGAGAGGUAAACUUUCUCGUAAACUUUAUGAGCAUAUGAGGAGGGAGUAUGCAGCUGUGCAAAUACAAAAACGGGUGCGCAGAUAUCAGUCUAGAACAGCCUAUGUUAAGCUUCGCUUGUCAGCUAUUCUUAUUCAAACAGGAUUUCGGGCAAUGGCUGCUCGGAAUGAAUUUCGAUUUAGGCAACAAACUAAGGCUGCAAUUAUUAUUCAGGCUAAAUGGCGUGCACAUAGAGCCCUUGAGUCUUACAAGAGGAUGAAGAGAGCAGCAAUUGAUUUGCAAUGUGCCUGGAGGUCAAGAAUUGCAAGAAAGGAGCUUAAAAAGCUCAAGAUGGCUGCAAGGGAAACAGGGGCAUUGAAAGAAGCAAAGGACAAAUUGGAGAAGCGUGUUGAGGAGCUUACAUGGCGCUUGGACUUGGAAAAACACAUGAGGACUGACUUGGAAGAAUCUAAAGCACAAGAGAUUGCAAAACUACAAUCAACAAUAGAGAAGAUGCAAGCUCAAGUAGAAGAAGCCAAUUCCAUGUUGGUGAAAGAACGUGAAGCAGCCAAAAUAGCCAUACAAGAGGCACCGCCUGUAAUUAAAGAGGUAGCUGUUGUGGACACGGCUAAAGUUGAAAAGCUUACAAAUGAAAAUGAGGAACUGAAGGCUUUAGUAGAAUCGCUAGAGAAGAAGGCAGAUGAAGCUGAAAGAAAAUUUUCAGAAGUUCAACGAGAAAGUGAGGAGAGGUUUAUACUAAUAGAAGAUCAGAAAUCAAAGAUAGAUCAACUUCAGGACUCUUUACAAAGCCUCAAAGAAAAUCUGUCAAACAUGGAAUCAGAGAAUCAAGUUCUUCGUCAGCAGGCCUUGAACAUCUCAACGGCCCAAGACUUUUCAGAAGAGAUUAAAGUGCUUGAAGAAAAGGUGGCAAACUUAGAAUCUGAGAAUCAAGCUCUUCGUCAGAAGCAGACUAUAGUUUUGACAAUGCCCGAAGACCUUCCAGGACAGACAAAAGCAUCAAUCAUAGAGAAGAUUCCAGAGAAUGCUCCCCUCAUAAACGGGGAACCCAUAUCUGUAGAAUACAAUGUGCAGAAUAUAGCAUUUGUUGCUUCUGCUGUGAAGAGACCAGUGGAAAAUGAGUUGACACGACAGAGAUCUAUUAAUAAUAAACAACAAGAAAACCAUGAUGCACUUAUCAAAUCUGUCUCCCAAGAUGUUGGCUUUAGCCGAGGCAGACCUGUUGCAGCAUGUAUUAUCUACAAAUCUCUUCUUCAAUGGAGAUCCUUUGAAGCUGAUAAAACCAGUGUGUUUGACCGCAUUAUCCACAUGAUUAGUUGCACAAUUGAGAAACAGAAUAGUAAGGAUGUACUGGCCUAUUGGUUGUCAAAUACAUCCACUUUACUAUUCCUCUUGCAGAGCACACUGAAAGCAAAUGUUGCAGCUGGCAUAGCUUCUCAGCGUGGCAGAUUAUCAUCUGUUUCUUUGUUUGGGAGGAUGGCUCAAGGAUUCCGAUCAUCCCAAUCUGGCAUGGGUAUUUCCAGUGGAAAUGGUGGGAUAAUAAGCAGGCUGGAUGUUUUACGUCAAGUGGAAGCCAAGUACCCAGCAUUGCUUUUCAAGCAACAGCUUACAGCUUAUGUAGAAAAGAUUUAUGGCAUGAUUCGUGAUAAUCUGAAGAAGGAAAUAUCUCCCUUACUUAGCUUGUGCAUACAGGCACCAAGAACAGCAAGAGCACGUCUGAUUAGAGGGUCUUCUCGAUCUCUGCAAGCAAACGCAUCAGUAAAACAAGCACUAAGCAGUCACUGGCAAAGCAUUUUCAAAAGCCUAAGCGAUGUCCUCCAAACUUUGAGAUUAAAUCAUGUACCUCCUGUUCUGGUUCGUAGCAUCUUUACACAAGUAUAUGCUUUCAUAAAUGUGCAGCUUUUCAACAGCCUUCUGUUACGUCGUGAGUGCUGCUCCUUCAGCAAUGGUGAGUAUGUUAAGGCAGGGUUGACAGAACUAGAACGCUGGUGCCGUGAAGCAACAGAAGAGUAUGCUGGCUCAGCUUGGAAUGAACUCAGACAUAUCAGGCAGGCUGUGGGGUUUCUUGUUAUACAGAAGAAGACACAUAAUUCCUUGGAAGAUAUUAUCAAUGAUAUUUGUCCGGUUUUAAGCUUACAACAAAUUUAUCGUAUCAGUACCAUGUUCUGGGAUGAUAAAUAUGGCACACACAGUGUGUCUCCAGAUGUUCUUGCCAAGUUGAAGGUUAUGAUGACAGAAGAUUCAAACAAUAUGCAGAGCAAUUCUUUCUUGUUGGACGAUGAUUCCAGCAUUCCCUUUUCAGUGGAUGAUAUAUCAAAAUCUGUACAAGAUAUUGCUCUCUCGGAUGUUGAGCCACCUCCUCUACUCCGUCAGAAUUCAGCAUUUCACUUCUUGUUACCGCGUCCAGAGUAAUUUUGAUGAGUGCCACUUAAGGAUUACCGCCUCUACUAUUUAUGCCUCGACUAUUUUUCCUCAAUACGGAUUGUCUAACAUAUUAAAAUGAGUGUUUACCCCCACAAUUUUUUACACCGCAAGGAGAUGUAAUUCUUUUGUUUUCUAGAAUGAUUAUUUGCAUGCGUUUGCUGUUUGUUUUGCUGUGUCCUGCAAGUCAGGUCCGUGGAAGUUGUGUACAUAUGGAAGAGUAAAUUCUUUUGAAAAACCAAGUUUUUCAUGCCCAUGAGAUACCUUACAAAUGCGACAGUCUUGGAGCAAAGCAAAAGUGUGUUUUGCUUAGGCGCAACUCGUGCUGCCAUGUGUCAGGGACCUGUUAAUUCUUUGCUAGGUUGCAGUUCAUACUAUAUAUUUGUUCGAAUAUGCUGUGAGGUUUAUAUUUACGUGUAAUUUCUGCAGUUCAAGCUGCUGCCACUGGGUAUUGAAAUUCCCAGCUUGAACAAUUUUUUUUAUGUAUGUUCGUAUUUGAGGAAGCCAGUCCGUUACUUCCCUGAAAGAAACGAUACCUGAGUGUUUUCAUUUAUAAUUAAGUGUAACAUUUUUUCAACUGGUUCCAUUUAUGGGAUUGAAUUUUGGAUUGCCAUCUUA